AUGAUGAUUCAAAUAACCUGCCGUGGUUAUGCUACUGCGCAGUUCAUGCAGCCGGAGCCAGCCAAGUACGCUCAUGCUCCGAAUCUAGAGGCCAAGACGUUCAUGCAGCCAGAGCAGAAUUACUAUGCCCACCACCCAGGCCGCUUCGUAUAUGUAAAAGACGAGGAAACUGGCCAAUUGUUUUCUGCUCCCUAUGAGCCGGUGCGCGCCCCGGUGGACCGGUUCGUCUUCUCUGUCGGAAAAAGUGACAUCGUCUGGAUUACGGAGCAUCUAGGCAUCCGGGUUGAGUUGAAGUUAAGCUUGCCAACUGAGGAUGUAGCCGAGCUUUGGACUCUGAAGGUGACAAAUAUCUCUGGUCGCCCUCGCAAGAUCGGUGUCUGUCCUUACUUUCCGAUUGGCUACAUGUCAUGGAUGAACCAAUCGGCCGAAUAUCGCGAGGAUUUGGGCGGUAUAGUAGCGAGCAGCAUCACACCUUAUCAAAAGACCGAGGAUUAUUUCAGGAACAAGCUCCUGAAAGACAAAACGUAUUUCUUGUGUGAGACACCGCCCGAUUCUUGGGAGACUGUGCAAGAGGCGUUCGAGGGUGAGGGUGGUUUGCACGCGCCAACCGCCCUGCACCAAUUGGAUUUAGGUCGCCACGAUGCUAGAUAUGAAACUCCCGCAGCGGUUGUAUUGUAUCAUUCUUCGUUAAAAACAGACGAGGAGCGUGAGUUCCGAUUCUUGUUUGGCCCAGCGUUGAAUGAUUCGGAGAUCCACACUAUGAAAGAGAGAUAUCUUAGCAAACAAGGCUUCGAGAGCUCUGCCCAAGACUACGCACGCUACAUGGCGCAAGGACAAGGAUGCCUGCGGAUUCAGACCCCAGACAAGGAAUUAGACAACUUCGUGAACAACUGGUUACCGCGACAGGCUUUCUACCAUGGCGAUGUCAACCGUCUGACAACUGAUCCGCAGACGCGCAAUUAUAUGCAAGAUCACAUGGGCAUGAGCUUCAUUAACCCAAAAUACACGCGCCAUGCUUUCCUAACAGCAUUGGCGCAACAAAGGCCUAACGGUGCAAUGCCAGAUGGCAUCCUGCUUAUAGAGGGGGCAGAGCUCAAGUAUGUGAAUCAGAUUCCACAUACAGAUCAUUGUGUCUGGCUUCCUGUGGCCCUAGAAGUCUACCUCGCCGAGACUGCCGACUAUGCUCUUCUCAAGGAGCAGGUCCGUAGUAAGAGUGGGGAUACCCUGACCGUUUUUGAACGCCUCAGCCGAGCUAUGGAUUUCCUUUUGACACAACGCGAUGAGCGGGGCCUCAGCUAUAUUGCCCAAGGAGAUUGGUGCGAUCCUAUGAACAUGGUCGGCUACAAGGGCAAAGGUGUCUCCGGGUGGCUCACUCUGGCAACUGCAUACGCUUUGAAUUUGUGGGCUGCUGUGUGCGAGCAAGAAGGGAAGAGUGAGCUGGCACUACAAUACCGAGCCAGUGCUAAGGAAGUCAACUCUGCUGCCAACGGCCACUUAUGGGAUGGCGACUGGUUCGCGCGUGGAAUUACAGACGACGGUGUUACAUUUGGAAUCAAGAAAGAUCCCGAGGGUCGUAUUUGGUUAAAUCCACAGGCCUGGUCCAUUCUAGGCGGCGGCGCCAGUGCCGAACAACGUGCGAAGAUAUUACCACAAGUCGAUGAACAACUGAGCACUCCAUACGGUGUCGUCAUGUUUGCCCCAGCAUUUAAAGGUGAGAAGACGUUGGAGAGCAGUGACCGGAUGGCACAUGCCGAUUGGAAUUGCCACCAGGCAACUAAUUACGUAGGGGUUUUCUUUGUAGAAAAGAUUUUCAACUAA